UUAAAUACUGUACUUGUUCUUCUUUUGAAAGCAGCAGCAGCCUUCAACUGGGAAUCGGUCUUUUUGCAAUUUUAGCAACCCUUAUUAUAAAACUUUGGGAAAGUUCAAAGACAAAACUAUUAUUUAUUGGCUCAACUGCGCAGUUGCAAUGUAUUCAUCCACAAUGCGAAAUUAUUUUCUCCUUCUCUCUGCUUUUGCUGUUUCCAUCUCUGUAACCGCACCCAGUGUAAAUAUAGCGCUGGUGCAGUUUUAUCUGUGGGGCGACCAAACACCAACCAGCCUGUCGUUCGCUGCACCUGUGAUCGCUAAGGGUGAGGAGGACCUGGCACCAUACAAAGAGGUUAUGAACAUAGCCAGUGUCCUCAUCUAUGAUCGCAACGUGACAACGUGUGACGAGAUGGAUCAAAAAAUAACAAUCUGGGCUAACCACUAUUUUUACCUUGAGAGGGUCGGCAAUCCGAAUCUGGGAAUAUUUGAACCCGGAUGUCCAACAGCAGGAGCAUCUUUAGCUAGUUUGGCUAAAGGUAAACUACAUCUGGCUGCUGGAAAAAGGCGAUCUUAUAGGAGUCCAGUUUGACUUAUUUCCAUUAAUUUACUGUAUUUGACAUCCCAUUUUA